AUGGGUCGUGUUAUUCGUGCUCAGAGAAAGGGUGCCGGAUCCAUUUUCCGCUCCCACACCGUUGGCCGUAAGGGUGCUGCCAAGUUGAGAGUUUUCGACUUUGCUGAGCGUCACGGUUAUGUUCGUGGUAUCGUCAAGGACAUUGUUCAUGAUCCUGGAAGAGGUGCUCCUCUCGCCAAGGUUGUCUUCCGUGAUCCCUACAAGUACAAGCUCCGUACCGAGACCUUCAUUGCCACUGAAGGUAUGUACACCGGUCAAUUCAUCUAUGCUGGUAAGAAGGCUACCUUGAACAUUGGUAACGUUAUGCCCUUGGCCUCCAUGCCCGAAGGUACCGUUAUCUGUAACGUUGAAGAGAAGGUUGGUGAUCGUGGUUCCAUUGCCCGUACCUCUGGUAACUAUGCCACUGUUAUUGGUCAUGGUGAUGAUGGUAAGACUCGUAUUCGUCUUCCCUCUGGUUCCAAGAAGGUCAUUCCCUCUACCUCUCGUGCCGUCAUUGGUGUCGUUGCUGGUGGUGGUCGUAUUGACAAGCCCCUCUUGAAGGCCGGUCGUGCUUUCCACAAGUACAGAGUCAAGCGUAACAGCUGGCCCAAGACUCGUGGUGUUGCCAUGAACCCUGUUGACCAUCCUCACGGUGGUGGUAACCAUCAACAUAUUGGUAAGGCCUCUACUAUGGCUCGUGAUUCUCCUGCUGGUCAAAAGGUCGGUUUGAUUGCUGCUCGUCGUACUGGUCUCCUCCGUGGUACCAAGAAGAUCAAGGAUGCUUAA